UAUGAAAACAAAGCUUCGUACGAGGGAAUGUUAUUCCAACCCGGAUUAAAGCAGAUCGAUCCGCGUUAGAAUUGAUUUAAAAAGUUCAGAAUCGACUAUAGAACGAAAAAGUCGUUUGUAAACAACUCUGUUGCUGCAUUUAAGAGGUUAGUCGUCGAAAAUUAUGGCUAAACGAAGGAUCGAAAAUAGACGUUCAUCCAGAUACAGCCGAUCUGAUUACAGUUCUGGUAUUCUAGAUCCUAAUACGGAAAUUUUUGGCGAUGAACGCCCGUAUUGGUGGAAAGAUGUCGAAAAUAAUACGAUAGCGCGACUAUCUAUGGGUCCCGAUAUCUUUGGCGAAACAACUGCUAACUUGGAUUCUAUUUCGAUGGUAGAUAUUAACACACCCAGAGCCGGAUGGUGGAAAGUUUUGGAAACGCCAAACACUUCGACUCCGUUGCCAGUUGCUAGGGAUCAUUCGAGGAAAGAUGCUGUUAAUAGAAUAAUAUCGACGUCGGAGUCGGAAGAAGAGUCCAGAAUUGCGAAAAGAAAGCGUUCUUUGAAGUUCAAAACAAGGAACACCAAGAGCAAUGCUUUCGUAAGCGCAUUAAACAGUUCUAAAACGUCGCUUGUGCCUGAACCUGUACGAAAAAAAAAUAAAGGCAGUACCGUGGAUAGCAAUGCAUCGACGGAGUAUAACGUCAACGUCAAACGUUUACAUAAGGUCCGAAGAAGUAGCUCCAACGAUAGCCAAAGCACAGACGUAAUUGUGAAAUUGAAACCUAGAAUUUUUGAGAAAAAACGCAAAGCUCCGAACACGAAUAUUUUUGAUAAUAUAUUGAAAGAAGACGAGCUACAAAGUCUUUCGAAGGAAAGGAUUUCGAGUACACCCUUUGUUAAAGAGAAUCGAAGAAUCCAGAGGGAGCGAGCUUCCAUGGAGCGUAAAACUGCAUCUCCUAUCGUUAACAGAUCACGGUUAAGUAAAUUUUCUCUGUCUAAUGUGGAUGAACAUAAUUCUUCUGCACCGAAUGCGCAGAGUACAUUACUUGAAAAUAAUUCUUUGCGCAUGCGUGACAGUAAUAAAGAUAGUGUUUCUAGCGACACAGAACCAAUAAUAUUGAAACCACCAUCAAGGUUCCUAAAACGUCGUAAUAAAAUCGCGGAAAGAAAUGUUUUUAAAAAUGUAUUAGUGAAGGACGAAGUUGAUAGCGGAAAGGAAAUAAACGAAUCUGCGAACAAGAACGUCGCAAGAGGAUCUAAUCGUUCGAAGAGAUCUUUGAUAUCGUCGGUGGAGGAAAUACGUGAAAUCUCGCAGCCUGUGCCAAGAAAUAUUGCAACCGAAAGUAGAACUGAACAUUCAAAGCAGAAUCCCUUUUUGGACAUUCUUCAGGAAGAUGAUAACGUCGAUCCACACGAGACAUCCGGAUUCCAAAUUUCUUUCAAUUCUGCAAACAACGAAAGACAUAGGAUCAAGAGCGCUCAGUCUUUGCAACGUAUAAGCAAAAGUAAAAUAAAUGAUCAAGAAAACAACGAGAUUUUGUCAACUUCACACCUAAAUCACGCAACCACGUCGGACGAAAGUAUAAAACCGAAUACAAAUUCAUCAAAAUCGCACAGCCAAGGAACAGUAAGUUUAUCGCAAAGUGUCGAUGACGAAGAUGAAACAUUGAUCGACUCAGCAGUCAGUCUCAUCGGGAAUUCGAAAGAGAAAUCUUUGAAUCAGGACUCGCCUCGGAAACCGGUUUCAAGGAACGAAAAUGAACCCGCUGUUUUAGAAGAAAAUAAUAUGGAAGAUAAUCAAAAUAAAAACUGGUUAAACUUAAGAGUUGUGAGCGACUCCGAGGAAGAAGAAUUCGAAUUGGCUGCAAGAAAGCCAAGAAAACGAUCGAGCAGUAUAAAAACACAUUCGCUUUCGACUAAGCAAAAUAAGAAAUCAAGCAAAUCACAGAACCAGUCUAAUUCGGCUAUUCUAACUGAAAAGGAACUGGAUGAAAUCGAUAAUAAUGCUAAAAGGCAAAGCAAGAAUUCAAAUAAAUCGCAAAAAUUGUCAGUUUCUCGUAUUACACGCGAUUCUGAUGCAGAAGACGUUGAGGAUGUAUCAAGAAAGCGAAGUAAAAAUUUAAGUAAUUCGAACAGGCUAUCGUCUUCAGCUAUCAUUCAUGCUCUUAAACAAAGUAACGCUGGUAAUACUGAUGAAGAACAAAACAAUAAAUUUAAUAUGUCGCCAGCGUUAACGUUGCGUAACAGCAGUAGCUUUCAUGAAGAAGGCAUGGAAUACAGUCCAAGAAGGCAGACCAGAAACUUGAACACGUCACGCAACCGAUCGGUAUCAGCUAUUGCAAAUAAAAAUGAACAAAGUGACGUUGAUAAUACCGCUACAGGAGAAAGCAAAAAUGUAAGCAGAUUGCCAGUUUCAUUUAUUAAUAAGGAGCUAGAGACAGAGGAACGUCGAUCUGUUCCAAAAAGACAGAGUCCAGAGAAGAGAUCAGUGAUAAAUAGGGAAGAGGAGGCUCAGGAUUCGGACGAAUCUAUUCUAACAAACCCAAACAGAAAUCCAAAUACAAUUGAUAAACAAAAUAGGACCACAAGUAAGUCGCUAAGACAAUCAAUGACAAGAAUCGACAGUGAUUCCGAGUCAGAAGACGAAACGCCGAAAAAGCAAAGCAAGAGGUUGAGCAGGUCAAGAAGAUCAGAUCUCUAUAUUUCGAACAACGUUGAAUCAAACGAAAUUGAUGACACUAGGAGUAAGAAAAGCAAAAAUAUAAGUAAAUUACAAAGAUGGUCAGCAUUACGCAAUGAAACUGACUCUGAAUCGGAAGAUCAAAUACGAUUGAAAAGGCAAAGCAAGAGGUUGAGUAGAUUGCAAAACCAAUCGAUUUCAGCGAUCAUGGAAGACGUUGAAUCCAACGGAAUUGAAACUGAUCGACACAGCAGAAAAAUAAAUGAAUCGUUAAGACAGUCAAUGCUGGACAAUGAAAGUGACUCUGAAUCAGAAGAUCAAACUCCUUCGAAAAGGGAAAGCAAGAGAUUAAACACAUCGCAAACACAAGCAAAUGUAAGCAGCAAAUUAAGUAUUCCGGAUGAUCCAGAACCAAGAGAAAUUGAGAGUGAUGGGAACAGACAAGGUAAAAAAAUAAAUGAAUCACAAAGGCAGUCGAUAUUACACAUUGAGAGCGAUUCUGAGCCAGAAAUUCAACGCUCUUCGAAAAGGCAAAGCAGAAAAUUAAGUAGAUUGCAAAAGAAAUCAGUUUCAGGUAUUGCAGAUGAGCCUGAGUCAGAUGGAACUGAUAAUGCUACGACCAGACAAAGCAAGAGAAUAACUCAAUUAACUUCUCACACAGAUAGUAACCCUGUCUCAAAAGUUGAAACUCCUACGAAAAGGCAAAGCAAGAAAAUAAGUCAAUUAACUUUACACGCAGAUAGUAACUCUGUCCCACAAGUUGAAAGUCCUUCGAAGAGGCAAAGCAAGAGGUUAAGCAGAUUACAAAGGCAAUCAAUUUCAGAUAUUGAGGAUAAAGAUGAAUCUGGUGGGACUGAUAAUGCUAUAAACAGACAAAGCAAGAAAACAAGUCAAGUAACUUUACAGGAAGAUAGUAACGCUGUCUCAAAAGUUGAAACUCCUACGAAAAGGCAAAGCAAGACAAUAAGUCAAUUAACUUUACACACAGAUGGUAACUCUGUCCCAAAAGUUGAAACUCCUACGAAAAGGCAAAGCAAGACAAUAAGUCAAUUACACACUUUACACACAGAUAGUAAUGCUGUCUCAAAAGUUGAAAGUCCUUCGAAAAGCAAGGGGUUAAGUAGAUUACAAGGGCAAUCAAUUUCAGAUAUUGAGGAUAAGGAUGAAUCUGGUGGGACUGAUAAUGCUAUGAACACACAAAGCAAGAGAAUAGGUCAAGUAACUUUACAGGAAGAUAGCAACUUGGUCUCGCAAGCUGAAACUCCUUCUAAAAGGCAAAGCAAGAGAUUAAGUAUUGCGCAAAAGCGGUCAGUUUCAGAUAUUGAGGAUAAAGAUGAAUCUGGUGGGACUGAUAAUGCUAUGAACACACAAAGCAAGAGAAUAGGUCAAGUAACUUUACAGGAAGAUAGCAACUUGGUCUCGCAAGCUGAAACUCCUUCUAAAAGGCAAAGCAAGAGAUUAAGUAUUGCGCAAAAGCGGUCAGUUUCAGAUAUUGAGGAUAAAGAUGAAUCUGGUGGGACUGAUAAUGCUAUAAACACACAAAGCAAGAGAAUAGGUCAAGUAACUUUACAGGAAGAUAGCAACUUGGUCUCGCAAGUUGAAACUCCUACUAAAAGGCAAAGCAAGAGAUCAGGUAAAUCGCAAAAGCGAUCACUUUCAGAUAUUGAGGAUAAGGAUGAACCCGAAGAAACUGAUAAUACUACUACCAGACAAAGCAAGAGAAUAGGUCAAGUAACUUUACAAGAAGAUAGCAACUUGGUCUCGCAAGUUGAAACUCCUUCUAAAAGGCAAAGCAAGAGAUCAAGUAGAGCGCAAAAGCAAUCACUUACUGCAGCUGAGACCAGACGAAGCAAGAGAAUAGGUCAAGUAACUUUACAGGAAGAUAGCAACUUGGUCUCGCAAGUUGAAACUCCUUCUAAAAGGCAAAGCAAGAGAUCAAGUAGAGCGCAAAAGCAAUCACUUACUGCAGCUGAGACCAGACGAAGCAAGAGAAUAAGUAAACCACAUCAUCAGUCAACUUUACAGACAGAUAGCAACUCUAUAUCAAAAAUUGAAACUCCUCCGAAAACGCAAAGCAAAAUUCUUAAUUUUGAAAAGGAAUUAGCUGUAAAAGUUGUAGAUAUAGCUCUGUCAUACAAGGUUGGCGAUACUGCAAGUAAACAAAAUGAGGGUAAAAGUGAAUCACAAAGGCAGUCAACGUCAAACACGCAGAGUGAGGCUGAGUCAGAAGUUGAAGCUCCUUUGAACAAAAGUGGGAAUAUACCGGAUAAAGCAGCUGUCGACGACGUUGAACCAGAUCAAACUAAGGAUACUACGGAGAUGCAUAGCAGGUUAAGUUUAGAGAAAGAGUUAACCGAAAUUCACGCAGACAACUCGAGCGGAAACAAAUCACAAGAUGAUAUAAAUUUCCAAUUAAGUUACACAUCGAGUAAUGUAAGUAAUAUUCGGAAACAAGUUACUACGAUAUCGAAAUCGAAGGAUCGAUCAACUUCCGAUUUAGAUAUCCAUAACACCAAAGGCAGCGAAGAUGCAUCAGAUGCCGAGGAUGUACGUGAAGCAAACAAAGAGUCUUUGCACGGGUCUAGUUACAAAGCAAUUACAAACGAAGCGCAAAACGUUGACAAAGAUUUACGCACACUCGGUACGAUCUUUGCCCCGUCUGACGCGCAUAAUUCUCGUACCGCGAAAGGAAACAUUUCCACGCAUCGCGCAGAGUCGAACAAAGAUCAAAAUUUGAUAAUCUCUUCGAAAAUUCCCUCCGUACGAACUCCUGUCGCUUCGACGAGUCAAAGGAACAUCAUGGACUUCCUUCAAACGACAAAAGCAGUGCCAAUGUCUCAGGUUUUAUCCGACAAACAGAAGCUCGAGGAGGUUAACAGAAAAAUGGAGGAGCUGAAGGCUCGAGUGCUCGAUAAAAUGAACGUGGAUCAGAAGAGCCGUGAGACCAAGAUCCCGUCGCAGGUUGCUAGAACCGGUGACAUUAACAAGAAAAAGAGACCGACGCAGAAGAAACAACCCUCGAAAGAAGUAAAUAAAGCUUUCCUGGUGAACGGUCAGGUGUACAAAGUCCCUCGUCUCGCUCGUCCAAAACCCUGGGUCACGAAACAUCUUUAUAAUUAUUUGUGGAAAUGCAUGGAACCGAAGUACGGUCUGAACACGCGAGUGAUUUCCGAGAAGUUCAUAAAUGAAUUGUCGCAGAUAACGACGUUGAUAUUGAAAAAAAAAUCGUACUCGAAGUACAGGCCCGAAAUGCAGAUACUGAUGAAGGAAAUGGCACGACUGGGUAUCAUCGAGAACAGAAACGAUUUUUAUCAUUUCUGUCAGGAUUUUUUCCCCUACGAGCUACGCAUUAAGCUGGUGCCAAUGUUGCUACCGGGGAACAAAAAAAAUUUCCCCUUCGAUCUGAGCAAGUUAUACAAAUCUCUCAACGACAAUUAAAAUCUUCAAAACGUUGAUAUUAUUGCUAUUGUUACUAUUAGAGUGUUAAUACGUUAUUUUUAUAUUUUUAUAUUUUUAUAUUCGAAGGUAAAUGUAAUUGAGCGAUUGCAAGUAAUUGUACACAGGGAGCUUAUGAAUAUUCUGAGGCCAUGGAGUAUUAAAACUUGUGUAACUUGAACUUCAGUGGGUAUUACAAUCAUAAUGUUUGCGUAAUAGUUUGUUCACGGACACUAUGAAGAUAGUUUCCGUUGAUUG